AUGAAGUCGAUCACGGCGGUUGUUGUUCUGACGCUAGCUCUGCUGGCACUUGGUGGCCAUGGCAAGCACAUUGAGUUUAAGGUGGCCGACAAGGAUUUUCUGGUAAAGCAGAAGUUCGUGUUCGAAAUGCUGCAGCACAUCUACCAGGACGAUGUGUUCGUUACCAAGUUUGAUACCAGCUUCUACGAGUACAAGCCCUGGGAGCAUGUCAGCGACUAUCAUCAUGUGGAGAAAGUGCAGCACUUCUUUGAGCUCUGGCAGCAUCAUCCCAUCCAUGAUGAUCAGGUGUGGACGGUUAUGUACGAUCUCCAUGAGGAGUAUGCCGUUGGCCUGGUACGUCUCUUCUACUUCGCCAAGAACUGGGAGACCUUCCAGCAUGUGGUCUUCUGGGCCCGCCAGCAUGUGAACAAACAGCUCUUCGUCUAUGCCUUCACCGUUGCCAGCCUGUUCCGCGACGAUAUGCAGGGUAUUGUGUUCCCAGCUCAGUACGAGAUUCAUCCAUGGAGCUUCUUCGAUGGCCAAACUCUGGAGAUGGCCGAGCACUACAAGAUGCACGGUUUCCACCACGUCAAGCAGCUGAACAACGUUUACAACGUAGUGCUCAAGUCCAACUACACGAACGUCCAUGGUGAUAUGAACUACGAGCACGGUCUGGCCUAUUUCCUGGAGGAUAUCGGCUUCAACAGCUUCUACUAUUACUUCAACCUGGACUAUCCCUUCUGGACCAAGGGUGAUGAGGUACAUAUGCUAAACAAGGAUCGCCGCGGUGAGCUCUAUCUCUACGUGCACUGGCAGCUGCUGGCUCGCUACUAUCUGGAGCGUCUGUCCAACGAUUUGGGUGAGGUGCCUACCUUCAACAUGUACGAACCCGUCCACUCUGGCUUCUACAGCGGUCUGCGUGACUACAACGGCGUGCCCUAUCCCAGCCGUACCAACUAUUACAACUUCUACACGCCCGAGAAUUUGGAGUAUGUGAAGGACGCUGAGCUCUACACACACCGCAUUAUGGACUGGAUCCACGCGAACACCAAGCACGAUGUCAAUGUCGUCAACAUGCUAGGCAACAUUAUCCAGGGCAAUGUGGACAGCGUUGACAAGCAGUUCUAUGGCAGCUUGGACAAAACCUACCGCUACAUUGUGAACGAGGGAUAUCCCUAUAACGAAUACCACGAAACCUACCCCGGCACUUUCAUGCACUACGACACCUCCAUCCGCGAUCCUCUGUUCUUCGAGGUGUACAAGAACCUGCUGACCCACUACUGGCAUCUGAUGGAAACCUUCCCAGAAUACACCAAGGUCGACUACGGCUUCGAGGGUGUCAAGAUCGAUGCCGUUCACAUGCCUGAGAGCCUCACCACCUACUUCGAAUACUUUGAUGCCGACAUUAGUAAUGCCGUGAACGUUGAGCACUACGUGGAGCCCACCACCGAUGUCCACUAUAAAUUUGGCCGCAACUCCUUCUACAAUGGCAGCAGCUUUGUGAUCAAGGCCCGCCAGCAUCGUCUCAACCACAAACCCUUCGAGUUCACACUGGACAUCACCGCAGACAAGGGACAGACCGCAGUGGUCAAGGUAUUCAUUGGACCCAAAUACGAUGAGUUCGGACAUGUAAUUCCAUUGGAGCACAACUAUCAGAACUUCUUCGAGCUGGAGCACUUCAAGGUACAGCUGGAGGCUGGCGUCAACCACAUAAAGCGCGCUAGCGGCGACUUCAGCUUCUGGGUUAACGAUCGCACCACCUACUUCGAGCUCUACCAGAAGCUGAUGGAUGCUACCAACAGUGACUACAAAUUCAAGCUGGAUCAGUCCGAGACACACUGCGGUGUGCCCAAUCGCAUGAUGCUGCCUAAGGGCAAGAAGGGCGGUCAGGUCUAUCAGUUCUUCUACAUGGUAUACUCAUACCAUGAGCCCACUGUCGCGCAGUAUACUGGCUACGAUCCCAUUGUCAGCUGCGGCAUUGGACAUGGCUCACGCUAUGUUGAUGCCCUGCCCUUCGGCUUCCCAUUCAAUCGCCCGGUGAAGCACGACUACUACUUUGACGUGGACAACUUCAAGUUCUUCGACGUCAAGAUCUUCCAUCGUGACGAGCACACCAAUGUGGUCUAAGCCCAACGAACUCAGACUCUGAUCUAAUACAAUAACAUACUUUAGCUCUCUGCACUUCCCUCACUAAUCAAAUACUCACAACUACCCCCAUAGAUCGUGUUCAAUCCCACUAGUUAUGUUGUCAACAACUUGUAAUCAAUAAACAAUAA